UGCUGCCAGGAGGCUGCAGGCGCCGCACGGUUCCAGAGCGGCUGGGCUUGCCGUCCGCGGCGCGCAGUUGAGGCUCGGUGCCCCUGCAGUGCCCUCCGUGCAGGAUUCUGCCUGCGCUGAGCAGGGCUCGGGCAUGAAGGCGAGUCCGGAGCCAGGGAAGCAGCAGCCGGAGCAGCAGCAGCAGCAGCAGCAGAGCCAGGUGGCUGCAGCUGCGGCUGCGGCGGGUAAAGAGCCCGAUCCGCGCUGGGCAAGGGACGGCGCCCGGAGCGAGGCGACGGAGGCGGAGCGGCUGCGCACCCGGGAGCGGCUGGAGGCCACACUCGCCGGGCUGGCCGAAUUGGAAUUCCUGCGCCAGCGGCAGGAGCUGCGCGUCAAGCGGUUACUGGCCGCCGCGCCCUCGGCUUCCCUGCGCGGGACCUGCUCCGGGGAAACGACGAGAGCCGCAGCAGGAGCCGGGAUCCCGCCGCGCAGCUUAGAAGAGAAGUUCCUGGAGGAGAACAUCCUGCUUCUGCGGAGGCAGCUGAACUGCUUAAGAAGAAGAGAUGCUGGCUUAUUAAACCAGUUGCAAGAACUGGACAAACAGAUCAGUGAUUUGAGGCUGGAUGUUGAAAAGACAGCAGAUGAACACCUUGACAUGGAUAGCCGUCCCAGUUCAGGGUUUUAUGAGCUGAGUGAUGGGGCUUCUGGAUCUCUCUCCAACUCGUCCAACUCUGUUUUCAGUGAAUGUUUAUCCAGUUGUCACUCCAGUACUUGCUUCUGCAGCUCUUUGGAUGCAUCCUUGAGUGGCUCUGAUGGACGGCCCAAAUCUGCAGAGACUCAGGGCGGCUCGAUGCAUGCGAGUGGUGGCAAGCAGCCGCAGAAGAAGGCGAGGCAGGUGUCAAGGUGUGCGAGGCCUGAUUUCAUCAGCUGGCUGGAGCAAAACAAAGGAGUCCAACAAAAUGACCAAGCGGGGAUGGCCUCUCCAUCAAUGCCACACACAGAUUCUUUUGACAUCGUUGCAGAUGUACAUCCAAAAUACCAGUGCGAUCUGGUGUCUAAAACCGGAAAUGAUGUGUACCGUUAUCCCAGCCCUUUACACGCUGUUGCAGUGCAGAGCCCCAUGUUUCUUCUGCCGGUGACCAGUUGUCCCCCAAGAGAAGAAGUAGAAAGAACCAGUGACAAUGCUGUUGAUGUUGGACCGGAACUCAACUCAGAAAAAACAGUGGAUUCUUGUCUUUCACACACUUCUCGUUCUCCAUCCUGUCCUUUGCCCAGCAGAAAAAUGGAUGGAUAUAUUUUAAGCCUUGUGCAAAAAAAGGCUCCUUCGGUGAGGACUAAUAAACCAAGAACGAAUCUGAAUGCAGAUCUGGCCAAGGGGAUUUUGAGACAUGGAAGCUUGUGUCUUCGGCAGAUGGCUACCGCUGCGCCUAGCAAUACCACUAACGCUAAGAAUCUCAAUCAGCCACUUUCACAUUCCAGUGGAACCACUCUUACCCUAGACAACAGUGCCUUUUCUCCCAUAAAGCAGAAUUCAAAGGAUGUAGAGCAUACGGAGUUAAAAAAGAUACCCGCACCUGCUGUUUUCCCACCAAAUGCUAAUAAUGAUCAAAGCAAGCCCUCGGUGAAGAAUGUCAAAACUCAAGAAGUGAUGCGAUCCCCUGUGACUAAGAGUGAUGCUCUCAAGGAAAGUGGCCAACUCUUUUUGAUAUGUCCUAAAGAAAGCCCAGGGCAGCACAUAACACCCUUGAAAGAAAAGAAAGCCGUCCAGCUUCCCAAAAAGCUAUCAUUUAAAAGUAGUGGGACGCAGUCGGCUUGCUCUGUUUUGUCAGGCCAGGAGAGCAGAUCAUUGGUGGAAUUUAAGAGUGAGGGGUCAUCAUCCCAGAGUCUGGAGGAGGGAUUGCUGGUGAAUGCCCAGUUCAUACCUGCUCAGCCACAAACAGUCAGACUUCACAAAGGCACCAGGAGUGUCAAAAUUCUCAAAGGUUCUAUGGUGAAACACAGAUCUCAUCUGGUCACUGUGCUGGAAAAUGGACCUCAGGCUGGACGGGAGAGGGCCAAACCCGUGGGCAAAAAGUGUCACUUCCUGGAUGAAUUGGAUCCAAAUAAGAAGCCAAAAAAGACCGCUUUGAGAGGGAAGAAAGGCCUCCACCUUCAGCCAGAUGCCAACCAUCCAAGUCGGCAGCCAGGCGUACUCAAGUCUGUGCUGAGGCCCCACGGACAUAGCAGAGAACCAGUAGUUGCCAAGCCCAAGCACAAACGAGCAGAUUACCGGCGCUGGAAACCCUCUACAGAGGUAUCUUAUGAAGAUGCCCUUAGGCGGGCCAGGAGGAACAGGAGGGAAGCUGUAGGAGUCUAUUCACAGGUUCCACAUCCUUAUAUCAGCCCCUAUGCCUAUGUUGCUAGUGACUCAGAAUAUUCGGCUGAAUGUGAAUCCCUCUUCCACUCCACUGUAGUGGACACCAGCGAGGAUGAAAGGAGCAACUAUACCACCAACUGCUUUGGGGACAGCGAGUCCAGCUUAAGUGGAGUGGAGUUUGUUGGUGAAAGCACAACAACCAGCGACUCAGAGGAAAGCGGGGGCCUCCUUUGGUCCCAGUUUGUUCAGACACUUCCCAUCCAGGCAGUGGCUGCUGCUUCAGAGCUCCAUGAAAAUGCAGCCAAAGCCUUUGUUAAGAUUAAAGCAUCCCAUAACCUUAAGAAGAAAAUCCUUCGCUUUCGGUCCGGCUCUCUCAAACUGAUGACUACUGUCUAAACGGAUAUGAGAAGCAAAUGAUAGCAGCAAUGAUAAUAUCCCUGCCUCUUGGUGAGACGUAUAUGUGUAAGGGAAGUGAGUGUCAGGAUUUUGGCAGAUCUUGGGGACAUUUUUUCAGGACUUGGGAGCUCUGUAGCUAUGCUGACUCUCAGAGGGCCCUUCACCGGCUGUCAUUGGAAUUGCCUGCCUUAACAUCUCGAAGGGCAGAGCAAGCAACUUUUCUGUGACGGAGUGGACAUGUUUGUGUAGGUCUACUUUUUGGGCUGAGGACUAUAGAGGGAUCAAGCAAGUAAGGCAGGGCAUGUCCUGCAAGGGGAUAAUGUUGUGCCAUUUCAAGGCUUCCUAAUCUUUUCCAGCUUCAGAGGUUGGAUAACCACUCGUAAGGUUAUGUAAGGUGAAGGAAUGACAAAAUUUUGGGGACAGGGCCAAACAUGGGAAGCUUGGUUUUUUUUGUGUAUGUGUCUGGAAUUCAAGACUUUGGGGGGAAUUUUAAGAGGUAAAAUUAGGUGGAGAUUUAAGUCAUCUAUUUUAGACAUUGAAACCUCCAAAAAGGGAAAGCUGACCUUAAAAAUCCUCCAAACAAUACCAUAGAACCGUGAUGGCGAACCUAUGGCAUACAUGCCACUUCUGGCACACAGAGCCUUCUCUCCAGGCAUGCGAGCUGUUGCCCAUUGCUCUUCUGGGUUCUGGCGCACUGGCCAGUUAGUUUUCAUGCAUGCUGGAGCACUGGAAACUGGAAGAGCAGCCGCCCGGUGCGCAUGCGCGCUAGGAAGAUUAUCUUCUGGUUUUUGGCACGCACAUGUGCCCUGGCCAGCUGGACUUGGCAUGCACAUGCAUGCCAGAAACCGGAAGACCAGGUGGCCGAUAUGCAUGGGUGUGCCGGAAACUGGAAGAUCAUCAUCCCUGCACGCUCAUGUGCACCAGAUAGCUGCUCUUCUGUUUUCCAGUGUGCCCAUGCACUCCAGCCAGCUGGCCUUCGCAUGUGCAUGUGCACCAGAAACUGGAAGACCAGGUGGCCGGUUUGCAUGCAUGUGCUGAAAACCAGAAGAGCAGCCUCCCGGUGUGCGCUUGCACACCGGGUGGCUGAUCUUCCGGUUUCCAGCACGCGCGCAUGUGCGUGCAUGCAUGCUCCUGUUUUGGCACUCGGUUCACCAAAAGGUUCACCAACACUGCCAUAGAAUGAAAGUAUCUGUUUAGUUCAUUUUGGGGGGAAUCUCGGGAAGAACAUAAAACGUGUUGGGGGACUCCAUUUGAGCCAGGGUGUCUACCUCUGAUUUAAACUUUGAAAUAAUCCAUUAUAAUAACAGAACGUUGGGCAGAUUUAAUCUCCUUCUCCUAAUGCACCAUUUUUAGCAUGACAAGGGCUUGCUCUGGAGAAGGAAAGACUCGCCUCUUUUACGUUUGCAGGCUUCCCAUUCUCACUUGCCUUGAGCAAUCAGGCAAAUGGCUAGUUACAAGACUGGUAUAAGCAGAGAACAGAAAGUAGAAUCUAUGGCAGCCUUUUCUAACCAGAUACCUUUAGUGUGGGGACUGCGAUUCCCAGAAUUCACAGCCACCAGGAAAGGCAGCAAUUCAGCCCAUUAGGGAAGGUUGCCUUACGUAGACUUUUUUGGGCUCUCUCUGGUGCUGCUUUUGGCAAUCUGCCAAAAAGGUCUUAUGAAGAUGUGACCAACACACAUCUGCCUACGUAAACAAAACAAGGUGCUUCUUGUAAAUAAUUUUUCUAGAAUGCUUUUUGUAGGGCAGAUAUUUAAGUCUUAACGGACUGCUUAGUUAAUGUCACUUGAACCUCCAUAUUUUUGAGUCAACACUAGUGCCUUUUAAGUGGUGAGAACAAAAGCCACUGUGCUAGUUUUUAAACAAAGGAUUAAGACACCAGUUUACUGCUUGGGCUGAUUGAGAUGCAGAGAAAUGAAGACUUAGACCAAAUGUUGAUUUAAAAACAGUGUUAGAAACAUCAGUGUGAAAAGAUGGUUAAAUGAAAUGCAGGAUACACAUUUUUUAAAUAAGCAAACUUGGUAAGCAUUGUGUUGAUUUAUGCGGCAUCACUGAUUAACACAGAAAAUCUCUGCUUCAGAUUAUCUCCAUCAUCCACAGACAUUUUAUAUUUACAAAAAAAGAGACCAAGAUUUCGCUUGAUGCCUCCUUAUACGCUGAUUAGAUUAGUUGUUCCUGUUGUUCAGCAUUGUCUAUUUUGAAUUAAAACUACCUUCAAGAGUCUUGAGCAGAGGUUUUCCCCAUUAUUUUCUCCUGGAUGAUUUUUAAAUGUAGAAGCAGGGAUUGAACUGCCUUCCAAAGGAGGAACCUCAGUACUGAGCCAUAACUACCUAAAGCUGCCUUGAAUUUAGAUAAUGAUCCAUCCAGCCCACUGCUCUAUGGCUUUUUCCAAUGUUACUUUCUGAGAUCCUGAAGAAGUUGGGAAUUUGGGGCAGUGGCUCUACCUCUUGAAUUACUGUAUUCAUCAUCUCUUACCAACAUGCACAUGUUUUAGUAGUAUUGAAUAUUAAAUUGGAUUAGGAGGUGGCAAUCCAAAUAGUGAGAUGAGGGAAACAAAUGACAUAAACUUCAAAAUCCUUUAGGAUUUAUAUGUGGUGGGAAGAUCUGCCUUCUGCCAUUUAAACCUGCUUUGUUAAUCUUGUAUAAGGUCAAGCACUUUGAAUAAGCAUCUUUAAGGAGGGAACCUGAAAUGCAGGUAGUCCUUGACUUACGACCACAAUUGAGCCCAAAAUUUCUGUUGUUAAGUGAGACAUUUGUUAAGUGGGCUUUGUCCCAUUUUAUGACCUUUCUUGCCUCAGUUGUUAAGUGAAUCACUGCAGUUGAUAAAUUAGCAACAUGGUUGUUAAAUGAAUCUGGCUUCCCCAUUGACUUUGUUUGUCAGAAGGUCGCACAAGGUGAUGACAUAACACUGGGACAUUUCAACUGUUGUAAAUACAAACCAAUUGUCAAGCAUCCAAAUUUUGAUCAUGUGACCAUGGGGAUACUGCAAAGGUCAUUAAGUGUGAAAAACGGUCAUAAGUCACUUUUUUCAGUGUAACUUCGAAAGGUCACUAAAUGAAUUGUUGCGUACACCUAAUUUUGCAUUCUUGAUGGGAAUUCUAGCAACUGAUGGAAAGAGAGUGACAGGCAGAUUGCUGUCUUUCAUUCCCAAUUUAAUCUGCUGGUUACUUUGAAAAUACUUUGUGAUCGUAAGAACAUUUCCUAUACAUUUUUAAUUUUAAGAAUAACUUCUAGCAUUCACAACCAAAAUUUAAAAUCUGAAAAAGUGUUCAGAAUGAAAGGCCAACCCCAAAGAACCACAGAAUCAGAAUAUUGGUAACUACAGUACUUGAAGUUUAGCAACGUUUCUGAAUUUUGAUUCCAGUUCUAGCCAUGUUCAAGGGCUUGAACUUCUAAAAUUGAGACUUUUUUUUAAAGGAAAUGCAAAUCUUGCCAAAUAUCAAUUUCUCAGAUGCUAUUUGUAUGCCAAGCUUUCAUACACCAUCGCUGGAUAUUUUAAAAUGUCAAAGAAAUGUGUUCAGUAUUGUGUAUUGUUUUGUAGUUCUGUAUGUAAGUGAGGAUUUUAAAACAAUACUUCAAAUAAGAGUAAAUAUUGCAAGUGGAGAGGUGAUUGAGAAAGAUCAUUUAGGGCUUCUUUUCCUUGGCUGCUUUGUCCUGAACCAAACUACCGUAGAUACCUGAGACAAAAGUGCUUUUAGGACUGAGAUUUCUGCAGAAGAUAUAAAUCAUGAAACUUUAGAUGCUUGGUGCCCUGAUGAAUUAUUAUAAUAAUUAAACCAUGGGAAUAAUAGUGAAUAGCAAUAUAUAGCCCAAUAAUUUCAUUUCUGAAAACCUUAUAGAUCUUGCUAAUUCUUUUCCUUCCUUUAAGAAUUCUUUGUUUAAGAAUAAAGAGUUAAAGUAAAUAAAGGCAAUGCUAGAGGUUGAUGUUUAGUUUUGCAGGAUUUCAGUUUCUGGUUUAUUUUUAAUUUGAAAAAAAAAAUCUUAAAACAAGCUGGGGCAAAGAGGCUGAACAGGUUCUUCUGUCUUGGAUAUAUGCAUUAAGGUCAAGAUGGGGAAUUUUUCUGCACAUCCCACUCAGUCACUAUCCAGUUCCAUUCCAUUUCCCUUCUAAUCAGGGGUGAAAUCCAGCAGGUUCUGACAGGUUCUGGAGAACCAGUAACGGAAAUUUUGAGUAGUUCGGACCACCUCUGGCUGGUCCCAGAGUGGGGUGGGAAUGGAGAUUUUGCAAUAUCCUUCCCUCCAGGAGUGGGGAGGGAAUGGGGAUUUUGCAGUAUCCUUCCCCCUGGAGUGGGGUGGGAAUGGAGAUUUUGCAGUAUUCUUCCCUUGCCAUGCCCACCAAGCCACACCACACCCACCAAGCCACGCCCACAGAACUGGUAGUAAAAAAAAAUGGAUUUCACCACAGCUUCUAAUAUUAUAAUAAUAUAAGAAUUUUGCUGGUCUGAACUAAAGGAUUAUCUAUUCUAGGAUCCUGUUUCCCACAGAAACCCACCUGAUAAUUCUGGGAAGCUUAUUAGAAUAGCAGUAGGAUUCUCCCAUGUUCGCCAGCAAUGGAACUGAAAGGCCAGCAUACUUUGACUUGGAGAUGGUAGAUAGACAUCAUGACUGAUAGCUGUUGAUAGCUUGGGCCAUGAGAGAUUUACCCAGCACCUUUGUAAAACCAAUCCCAUUUCAUCUGGUUAUAAUAUAUUUCCUUUUGUUUUUCCUGAAUCUCCCACUUUUCCGUUUCUCAGGAAGAUCCUACAUUCCAGCAUUUUAAUUUUAGAUGUCUCUCUUUUCUCAUACGAGUUUUCGAAGCUACAAAUCCCAACUAUUAAAACUUUUCUUUGUAUGGGAGUGCUUCCUACCCCUUGAUCAUUUUCGUGGCCUUGUCUGCACCAUUUCCAGCUCACUAAUAUCUUUUUUGAGGUGCAAUAACCAGAAUUCAGUAUUCUAAAUGAACAAUACAAUGGCAAUUGUCUGACACUUCUUUCUUUUGACUUUGGGAAAAAUUCAAAAAGUCUCUUUAAGUAUAUUGUGUGUAUUUUUUUUUCCUUACAGUUUACACAAAUAUGCAUGUUAAAAGCAUGAGUGUCAGUUGUGUCAGUUUUUCUGUCUUGUGUCCAAUAAUUGUACAUCAUUAAGCAGCGGUAUUUUAUAUCUCUAUAUGAAUCACAUUGCUUUAUAAAUUAAUAUAAUGCAUUGAUAUGCUGUAAUAAACAUUUCCUUUUUUAA